CUGAUGGCGGAGUAUAUGUAUGAUAUUAAACUCAAAACGUUGCCCUGAUUCUCAAGCCUGGAAAAGGCUGCAUUAUAAACAUGUGGCCAAUGCUACUUGAUUACACACGUGAUGACUGUAAGCGUAUAUUAAGAACAUUAGAAUUGGAGGCUUAUGCUUCAAUUGUUUCAGCAUUUAGAGCCCAAGGUGAGUUAACUAAGGAAAAGAAAAAAAUGCUUCAUGAUUUGAGCUCAUCAUUAAGUAUAUCCUUGGAACGUCACAGAGCUGAAAUUAGAAGGGCUGUGAAUGAUGAGAGACUUAACACCAUUGCUGACAGAAUGGCUGGACCUAACACAGCAGCAGAAUGGGCCAUUGAGGGAAGAAGGCUCAUUCCCCUUCUUCCUCGAUUGGUUCCACAAACAGCUUUUACAGCAAUAGCCAAUAAUGCAGCCAAUAUCCAAGCUGCAAAAAAUGCAGCAUUGAUGCCACCUAGUGCCACAGGAAAGAAAGAAACUUCUUCUCCUCCAACCUCUGGGAUGUCCAGCCCCCUAAGCACACCUUCUACUCCAACCCACGUAGUUCGAUCAGUGCAGUCAGGUCAGAAAAGUUCUAGUCCUGCCAGUACCAAUAAUAAUGUUAUGGUCUUUCCAAGUGGCAUGCCUAUUCAUGUAAAAGGUGAAGGAAAUGAGGAAGAAGUAAAUAUUCGUAAAAGAAAGAGGUCUUCAUCGUUAGAUUCAGCAGCAGGCCCACAAAAAAUUCAUUUACCAUCACCAGUAGCUUCUGCUUCAUCUGGUCCAUCACUGGGUAUUAAUCCUAUAGGAGAACCAACUUUGACCUCAAACACUAACAUCACUACUCAAGCAGUAAGCCGUUCAGUUAGCUUACCAAUGGGUCUGAAGGUCACGUUUAGUUCGAACAUACACAAAACUACAAAUACAGUCAGUACAGCCCCAAGUCCAAAAGUAAUCCUAGUAUCAUCUUCUGGAACUACUGUGGAGCCAGGAACCUUGCAUCGUCCACUUACUGUCCCUGUUGUCAAGACGGUUGCUCCCAGUGGCACGACUGGAUCAUUGAACAAGACCAAGAUAUCUGUGGGAGCCCCUGUAAGUGUGUCUAGUGGAGGAACAAACCAAAACCUUCCAUGUACAACCACCUUAGUGGGAUGUUCGUCUUCUGGCAUUAUUAGUACAACAGGAGGCUCUGUUGGAACUCAGAAUUUUCAUGUCCUAAGUACAGGCAGUGUUUUGAGCAGCAGUUCUUCAGUUAACACAGGUUGGGUAAGAUCCCGACCAAGAACUACCAUACAGUCCAUACCAAAGCAGCAGGUGAGGCCAAGGUCAAUGGUAAUGGUGCCACGUGGCCUUCAAAGCCCUAGUCCUUACAAUCCUACCUCCACAGCAAGUCAGUCAUCAGGAACAUCCUUUCUAUCUGCAUCUGGACAGAGUUAUCAAGGUGUACAGGUUGUUCAUGGAGUACCUGUUAGGCUGCCAGCUGGUGUUGGAAGAGCACAGAUUCAAUAUAAACAUGACAGAGGAGUGAAAGUACUGACCCCUAGUAGUGCAACUUUCUCUGGUAAAACUGCAGGUUCAUCAGGUAGUCCUCAAGUUGUUGUUGUAUCAUCAACAGUAGCUUCAGCACAGGCAGUAACGAAAAUAUCAACAGGAUCAUAUGGUGCUGCUUCAGGGGCUAGAGUUGUCCACAUGGCUUCUCCAAAUCAUCCCCAAGGAGUUAGAACUGUUGCAAGACCUUUAAGCGGUACAGGGAAUAUUGGAACAAGACUUUUAUCUACGGGUCCUCAAAGAGGAAUCCAAGCUGGAGCUUUGGGAAGGACACAGUUGUCUGGUGCCAAACCAAAUGUUAUUGUUGUACACAAAGCCCAAGUAUGGCCUCAAAGUCAAGGUCAGGGUGCUACUAUUGUUGUAUCUUCUUCACCUGGUGGGAAAAUACCUGCAGAGGCUGUGCAAGAAGCAGUAACCUACAUUCAGAGACAAGAAAGAACAAGGCAGCCCAGCAUGAUGACAGUUGUUAAAACGCUAACAACUCCGAGAGCUUCUUUAGUAUCAUCAUCCACCUUGGCAGCGGAGGGUGUUACACACAGUUCAUCAUCCUCUUUGAAAAGUUCAGCUUAUGCUUCUACUUCGAGAUUGGGUGAAUCAUCUAAAAGUCAGUCUUUAAAUGUGGCUUCUGUUGUGGAAGUUCCUAAAACAAGUACAGUUUCCAAUGUUUUGGAACAGAAGAGCUCUCUCCUAGCUGAUGUAAUAGAAGCAGCAGGUAUCCUGUCAAACAAUAGCAGUUCAACUACUUUAAUGUCUGUUGCUUCUUCAUCAAAUGUACCAUGUAGGAGUAGCAGUCAACUAACUACUACAUCAGCUGCUGUUACUGUGGCCACUUACUCUGACAGUAUCGCUCAUGCUUCUUCUGCUUCCAUUGUUGUUUCUGUGGCAAAGUUACCUGAUAGUGCCAGCAGGUCUUCUGUCACUGUUCCAUUAGGAAUACUGCCUGAUAGUGGCAGUCAGUCUUCAUCUUUUACUGUUCCUAUAUCCAUUGCUGCUACAUUAUCAGACUCCUGCUCUAAAGCAUCAUCAUCUUUGCCAUCUGUGUCCAUAGCAACUCUACCAGACAGUGGAGGUCUUGUUUCAGUUGCAUCAGUCCCUGUUUCCAUAGCAACUUUACCUGAUAGUGACUCUCAACCUUCUUCAGCUCCUACUUCUAUUCCAACAUAUCCUGACAGUGGUGGUCAAACAUCUGCUGCUGUACAUAUUCCCAUAGAAGCAUUUCCUGACAGUGUCAGUCAGACUUCGUCUGCUACAUUUCCUGUUUCUCUGACAGUACUACCAGAUAGUGGAGGCUUAGCUUCUUCAGCCUCAAUACCUGUUUCUGUAGGAGUACUUCCUGACAGUGGCAGCCAAGAUGCUUCAGUGCAUGUACCCAUGGCAACAUUGCCUGACAGUGGAAGUCAAGAAAAAUCAGCUUCUGCCAAGAUGCCUAAAGUUAUCCUACCUGAUAGUGGUAGUGAAGCUGCUGUGACUGCCCAGACAGGUGUGUUUCCUGAUGGAGAAAACCAGACAUCUUCAAUUUCUGUGGUUUUACCAGACAGCUGCAGUCAGAGAUCCUCUUCUUCAGUGACCACAUCUUCACUAGUUCUACCUGACAGUGCUCCAAACGAUCCAAUAUCCAAACCCACUGUUGUCUUUCCUGACAGUGGUGGUGAGGCUUCUUCUUCUUCUUCAUUUACUGUAAGCAGACCAAUAUCAGUCCAACCAGAUAGUGGUAGUCAGACCUGUGCAACAUCUGUAAUGAUGUCCGACAGAGUUUUUCCUGACAGUGUUAGUAAUUCAACUCCAGCUGCUGUCACCUCAUUGACUUCUAUUCUGCCAGACAGCAGAAAUCAGCUUGGAAUCUCAUUGCUUAACAGACCUGCAGUAACAAACAUUCAAGCAAUGUCUCGGAGACCAAAAACUUCAAUAUCUAGAUCAGGAGUAAUUCCUCCUGACAGUUCUAAGUCCACUUGUUCAUUAGCUCCUAAUCUUCCUGACAGUAACAAUCAGGUUUCUUCAACACAAGCAACAAAUUCUUCUAGUGUUCCAGUUAUGCCCCCUGGUGUCAACACUGUUGCUUUAUCUCCUGUAACCUUGGUUAGCAGCAGCACUUUGGUACCUGUAGCGAGCUCCUUUGUUAGUUUGACAGAUUCCACCUCACCUUCAUUUGUCACUUCUUCUGGUUCUGGUCAACAACAGAAUAGUAAAGUGGCUCCUUCUCAAAUUGAAGAACAAGAGUGUAAAGCAGAUGAUGAGAAACAGUCCAAUGUUGGACAGAUUUCUCUUGAGGUUGUUCCAUCAUCCUCUCAAUCUUCUCUUUCAAAAACGCUUGUGGUUUGUAAAGAAGAAUCAACAGGAGAUGCAAAUAUGGAAGAUAUCUCUGAACUUCAGGAAAUAAGUAUUCCCAUUGAUCAGUUUGAAGAAGGCCAGAUACUUGAAAUAGAGGGACCAGAAGCAGAACUUCUGAGUCAAGGACACCUUAGCAAACAACUUCUGGAAUUGUUGCAACAAGCUGGAAUCCAAAUACAAGAGGAUGCAGAGAUCAUCACAGCAGAAACAGCUCCUGAAAGCUCCUGCAUUUCUGUUGAAAGUAUAUCAGCAGAAAGUGUUGUGCCAAAAAUAUCAGCUGGAAGUUCCACAAUACCAAAAGCUGUUAGUAUGGAAGUUGGUGAUAUGGAGGAAAAUCCACUGUCUUCAAGCAUUGUUUAUGUUACAACUGUAGCUGAUGAAGCAGAAGAAACAGAUGGAAAAGCUGUGACAGCUGGGUCAGAAGGGAAUACUGUGACUCAACACCACGUUAUUGACUUGUUAGCAUCAGCUCAGCUGGAUCCUGACACAUUGAGACUAGUGGAGGACCUACUCCAGAAUCCAGGAAGUCUGACAAACAGACUUGGAAUCAGCCAAGCUGAUGAUAUAAAUAAACCUGCCAGGGGUUUAACUAACCCAGAAAGUAGCCACAGAUCCCCAGAGGUGUUUACCUUUCAGUUACCUGGCCAAAACAGAUGUGAAGGAGAUAAGGUGUUGACCACCAAUAUGGAUGUGAAGAAUCAGAACAGCCAAGCAUUGAACACUAAUGUGACUGUUGAACCUUGUGGAUUUAAUAUAAGUUUAAUGAAACUGGAAGAUUUCACAAGCCAACAAGAAAGUUUAGAAUCUAAUGAACGAUUGUCACAGGAUUGUUCAAAUGAGAUCGUAAGAACAAAGCUGAGUUCUGUAUCAUCUUCCCAAGAAGGCAGUAGGGAAGUAACUGAGAAAUAGAGAAUCUUUAAAGAAUGUUUUGCUCAUGAUUUUGGCAUGUUGAAAGUACCUUAUAUCCUUUUUCCAGAUUUUCAUUGCAUGGGAAAAAGGUAAUGACUUAUUAAAGAAUCUGAAUAUAAAAUUAAAGAAUAUAUAUAUACAAUUUAGUUGUAUUGAAAAAAUUUAAUGUCCUUGAAUAUGUAAAAAUCCAUAUGUAAAAUACAAGCUUAUAGAAAAAGCAUAUCCAACUGGUCAUAGCCAGUAGAUGUUGGCUUGUAGCUACUGUACUUGUAGGUCAAAAUUGUUUUAUAUAGUGAUUCACUUUAAGAAAAAAACAUUAUUACUGUAUUAAAAGAUAAUCCUGAAAAUUGACUGAAUUGUAGCAGAUUUAUCUUUUAAGUAACUGUAUACUUAAAGGACUUUUUUUUUUUCAUAUCUAACAAUAUAUAUGUGCACCUGAUGAUAGAUAUCAGAUGUACAAAAUCAAUAAAAUUCAGCAGGUGUGAUAAAAAUAGAGCUGGGUGAUUAAUGUAUUUGCUAAUUUAUUAAUUGACAGACUUAUUAAUUGAUUAAUACACCAUGUCCCCUACAACCUGUACUAAAAAGGUGAUGGGUAUGUACUACCAUCUUAAUUUUUUCAAACACUGCAUUAUUCCAACAUGAUAUUAAUUUUCGUAUUAUCUUUUACAUUGAUUUUUUUAAGUAAAUGUCAAAUUACCCCUGAUUUGUUAUGAUAGACUUCUUCUGAAGGUUGCACAUUUGCAUUAAACAUAUUUUUCCACAAGUUAUAGACAUUUUCUACUUGGUAGUUGAGUUGCUGACAUUGACUAAAUACCACCAAGAGAUAACCUCUGUUUAUUUUUCAAAUAUACAGUAAUCCGAUACUGAUCUUCUGAAAUUAAAUAAAUUGAUAAUUAAAUAAUGAAAACGUGUUUUACUCUCACAACAAAAUAAUCAUUUUUAUUUAAAAACAUAUCAUGAUUACAAUUACAGAUAAUUAAGUAGCCAGUUAGACAAUUUGUAAACUUAUCUGAUCUGAUGACAGUUUUAUUUGAUGAACAUAAAAAACUCGUGUUUACAAGCAUUUCAACUCAAUAUAACCGUAUUAAAAAGUAAAACACUAAUUUUAAACAAAGAGACAAGCAUCAACAAAAUGUCUUUAUUAAGCCUUAAGCAAUCUCCCGUCAUGUGACUUAUCUGAUUUAUAUUUAUAUAUAUUAUUUAAGUAAGCUACAAAAUCUUUUUUACAUAGAUUACAUCAAAAGCAAAGAUAGCAUUAAUUUUACAAAGUACAUCCAAACCUUAGGUGAAAUAUAAUUAGAUUUAAUUUUGUAGAGAAGAAAAAAGAAAGUAAUUAAAGAAAUGAAAAAAAUAUAUGUGAAGAAGUAAAAAUGCAACCACAAACCCAAUAUCCAACACCAGGUCACAAAUCAUUACGUAAUGAGCCCGGAUUUUUUUUUUCCAUUGGUGUACACCAUCUAUCUGGCUUAACCUCAAUUUUGCCAGCCUCACAUGCUUAAAAAAAAGAAAGAAGGAACAGAUGUGAAUGCUCAAGCCCACAACAUUCCACAGCCUUACUAAUAGCAAAAGGUCGGGCUUGGUAUACUAGGACCUUAACUUGGUAUUUAUGUCCAGACAUCAUAAUAGGAGCUUGAAUGCCAACUUAAAGGACAAGUUUGCUGUCUACUCCAUUUAUGUAUAUUACUCUAAUCAUUAUCUUUCUUACUAUUUUUUUUUUAUUAUUGUUGUUAUUAUCAUUAUAUUUGCAAGCAACUGCCUUCCCACUUCUAGCUGCAGAAAGGGAAAGGUGGUAAAGAUGUGGGUUUGAACACCCACAUCUGCCACUUUUCUCAUUUCUUUUAGCAUGUGAGUUUGGUGAAAUUGAGGUUAAACCAGUAGAUGGUGUGCCUCAAAUACAAUUUGGGUCUAUUUUCUGCUGGUACUUUAAAAAACCAAGGUACAUAAAAUUGUCCUUGUAACACAUUCAACCCAUUUCUAAACUGUAUAAGCUUACCUACCUUAUUUCAAGUUAUCUGAUGCAUCCUCAUUGAAGAAAUAAUUUAACAUACAAAUAUAUUCACAAAACACAAUGGAAGAAACUGAAAGAAUAGUCUAUUGAAUUAUUUAAAAAAACUUAAACCUAUUUAUCUACUCUGUUAAUAUAUGAUAGUCUACUUGUUCUAUCCAAUCAUAUUUAAACUUUCUUUACAGCUGAUUUCAAAGCUGUGUUUUAUUAGUAAGUUAUCAAACCAUUUAAUGUAGCACCAUAUCAAGUUUUCAACCAAGACCUGUACAAAAAUUAAAUGAAAUGCUUGAAAAUCAAGAAAUAGAUAAUAUAUUUUCAAAAAGUGAUAGUUAUUCUUUGGGAUAGGCAAUUUUUUUUUUAAAAAUGACAUUGUUUUGUUUACAGGCAAAACUCUUUGCA